AUGUCUGCAAAGUCCCCAGCAUCCGAGAAGUCCGGAAGGUCUUCCGACUUCGGACAGAGCCCGAAGGACACGAUAAAUAACGAUGACAGCCCAUGGCCCUCCGACGACUCGAACCGGUUCUCUUCUCCCGAAAACUCAGAAAAGUCCGCUGAAGUAUCCAACAACACAGGAAAGGUCUAUCAGAAUCAUCCAGACACGUUUGACCAGAACCCGGGACCGACCAAGCACGUUUCCUCCAGGAAAUCUGAUGAAUAUAUAGCGGACAUGACCGCGCCGGGAAGGGAGGCGGCAAAUCAAUUCACCUUUCAAGGUUCGCAGCAGCAAAGUUCAGGCAGCUCCUCAUCCUAG